AUGAAAGGAGCAAGUAAAAUUGUGUUAGCAGUGGCUGCAUCUGGUAUUGCGUCUUUGUUACUUCCUGCUGGAAGAACAGCUCAUUCGCGAUUUAAGAUAUCGCUCAAUCUAACAGAUCAGUCAACCUGUUACAUAAAGAAAAACACUCAUCUAGCUCAGCUGCUAACAGAAACAACACUCAUAAUAUGGGACGAAGCACCUAUGAAUGAUCGCAGAUGCUUUGAGUCACUUGACAGAACACUUAGAUACUUGCUGAAUAGACCUCAUCAACCUUUCGGAGGUCAAUCCAUAUUACUUGGGGGUGACUUCCGACAAACUUUACCAGUAAUACCAAAGGCUUCAAAAAAUGUAAUUUUAUCAUCGUCUCUUCCAAGAUCAUAUCUAUGGAGACAUUUUAAAGUGUACAAAUUGACAGAAAACAUGCGCUUGCAAAGUACGAAUCUAGACGCAAAUCACAGAGCCACGAUUGCAACGUUCUCAUCAUGGUUGCUUGCUGUAGGUGACAGGAAAUUGGGAACUCCAGACGUUGACGAUCCCCAAAACACUAGAAACAUCGAGAUCCCGUUAGACUAUGUCAUACCUUAUAGUGAUAAUGCACUUCAAGAGCUUAUUCAGUUUAUCUAUGAUGACGCCACUUUACAGAAUCCGACAACUGAAAUUCUUCACAACAAAGCAAUUGUUUGUCCUAAAAAUGAAACUGCACAAGAGAUUAAUAACAUGGUUCUUGCAUGCAGCCCUAGGAAUAGCAAGACAUAUCUCAGCACUGACACAAUAAUACCCAACUUAGGAAGCCAUGGUGAUAUUGAAAUGCUUUACCCGACAGAGUAUUUGAACUUGCUGAAUUUUAGUGAACUGCCGCUGUCACGGCCCUAG